AUGGAGCACCGUCCUCUUGGACGAAGCUUCGAUGAUCCCGGAAGCCACCCUCAUUGGUCUUUUCUCGAGGUUCCCGGACGCUACAUAUACGCUCGUCGGCGACAGCAACCAAUUGCCACCCUACAUCGGCACACAAAGGGCACCGCUCGCGGUCACCCUUUGCUCGCGAUCCGUAUGGACGUCGCCCGACGCGUUGGCAAUCCCCCAACGUGCAAGAUCAGCACCGUGUAUCGACCGCACCCCAACAUGAUGGCGCUCAACUCGCAUAUUUUCUACAACAACGAGUUGGUUUGCGGAACUCCCAAGGAGGCCCGCCUCGCGCUCCUCAACCGGGUGUGGAUGCCGAAUCCGGACUUCGCUUUUAUCAACAUCAUCGGCGAAUCGGUACAGUCGGUGACGGGAUCCCAGAGCAACCCGGUCGAAGCUCGCGCAGUUGCCGUGAUAGUACGACUCCUUUUAGCGUCGUCUAUCCAUGGUCAUCUGCCUCUACCGCGACCAGCUUUACCUGUGCGAGUCCGCACUCAAAGGGUCCAACGUUGCGGUCAAGAACCGUGGAUAGCGCGCAAGGUUCAGAAAAAUCUGUCGUCAUCGUGUGCACGACGCGCACCCAUAUCAACCCUAAGCGCAAUCUCUCCUUCUUUGCAGAUCCCAAGCGCCUCAAUGUCGCCCUCUCCAGAGCCCGCGACGGCCGACACGGAGCGAUGGAGCGUGCCCAACCCUGACUCAUACAAUCGCGGAGAUAGCGAUGGGACCCGAAUAAAAGCCGUGGACGGGACGAUUCAAGGCUCUUGGCUCGACCUCGACGAUCGAGGACAGACGGAUUCGCCUGACGUCACGAUUCCGACUUCCUACUCCACCUACCAUAAACAGAUAAAAAUGGGAGCGAAUUUCGUCGUCUAUGGGGCUUGGCAUUGCCUUGUCGUCAGCGAUCAAGACAAUCAAGUAAGGAUUACCAGGGAAGGGCUCGACCAAACUCUGGCUUUUCCUCACAUUCAGAAAAACAUUCUUUAUAGCCAUACAAGUACACGUUAUUUUCUUAGUGUGUUGAAUAUCCUUCUCGCCCUACUGCAAGCCGGAAUUAAUGAGCCGUUUGAGUUCGAAGCAAUUCAUGAUUUUACAGCAAUGGCAAAGCAAAACUUCGAAACAAUCGACUACUUUGGUCCGCUGGUGGUUGCGGCGCUGUUCGCUAUCGCACUGUUUCUGAUUUCAUUCUUCAUCAUCAACUUCUUUUGCAUCACCAAAUACGACGACGUCACACAAUUUGAGAAAAUCGGUGCUAGGCAUAACUGGCGACUGGGACCUCACCGAAUGCUCCAUUCGAAGAACGGCGGCUUGAUUGUCAAGGAUGUUGACGAGAACGACACUUAUUACUAG